AUGCCACAUAAUGAAUUACUGGACAGCAGCGUGGCAUUGGCUGGCGUGGACGAGAGCAAUUUUGUGCGCUCAUUUGACAGUGGCAUUGAAAUUGACGAAGACUUGAGUUCUGUCAAAUCGAGCGAUUGUAGCGCGAAUGAGCAACCGAUACGCUGCCAUCUGGCAAAAUAUGAAGGCUACACUUAUGUGGUCGCCGAAACACUUUCACAUGAUCUCGAACGCUUUCACAGGAGUGGGCGUAUUCAGGCUGCCAGCAGUGGGAGUGCUGCAGCAACAUACAAAUGUGGCUUCUGCAUUUUCGAGUGCAGUGUGCGACUGGAGCUGAAUAAACACUUGCAAAUACAUUUGGGCCCGCCACAACACAGCUGUCGUAAAUGCAAUUUUGUUGGCCACUUUAAGUUUUUACUGGCGCAGCAUAUGCGUAAUGUACACCACUGUACGCUGGAGGCGAUUGGAACGGGUCAAGAAGCGAAGGUUGGCGGCGAUAUCGCACGCGGUUGCCAAGUAGCUGGAGCACUAGCAGCAGCUGCAGAGGGUCCCAAAUACCACUGCCAUUUAUGUGGAGAAUGUUUUGUCAAUUAUGAUGCCUUACAACAGCAUCGAAAAUCGCACAAAGUUUUUUGCCAAUGCACCGUGUGUACGUACAAAAGUUCGACUCGCGAAAAUGUUCUGGAGCAUAUGGCUAAAGAGCACAAGGUACUCGUGGAGCGGCGUUUAAUUG